GCAAAGAAGGAACGUUCAAAUCACGCGCGCCUGAAGGAGGGAACUCGGAAGCAAAACCUCUCUCCCUGAAGGAGCAAGCAAUGCCCUUAAAAUUUCACUGAAACCCUCAUUUCUUUCACUGAAUCAGGCCUUGUCAUCCAUGGACGAGUCAGCGUUGAAGCUCAUCUCCACAAUCGGCACCCAACUCAGCAAACAAACUCGCCCAAACAAGGAUCUCAUUGUCAAAUCUCUUCGACAAGCUGCAAAUGCUUUGUCACAGUUGGAACAGCCUUCUUCUCUUGACGCCAAUCAAAAGUUGGAAGAUGCCAGAAAGAUAGAGGCUGCGAUUGAUCCUCUGAAAAAAUGCAUCACACGCGGAUUGCUUCAGCAUAGAGAUAAGGAUGUUAAGCUAUUGGUAGCCAUAUGUGUCAGUGAAACUUUUCGGAUCCUGGCACCCGACCUACCGUUCGAGGAUGAAUAUCUUAGGGAUGUUUUUAAACUUAUCAUUAGCAUGUUUGCGGAGCUAGCUGACACCACAAGCCCAUACUUUUCUAGGAGGGUUAAGAUUCUGGAGACUGUCUCAAGAUGUAAAUGCUGUGUGAUAAUGUUGGAUAUUGACUGCAAUGACCUGAUUAUGGAGAUGUUCAGUAUAUUUUUCUCUGUCGUGAGAGAGCAUCACCAGCGGAGCUUGAUUAAUGAUAUUUUGUCUAUAAUGACUCAUAUUCUUAACGAGGAGGCUACUCAACCGCUUUUGGACGUGAUUUUACAAAAUCUUUUGAAGGAGGAAAAGGAAACACCAUCUGCUGCUUCUCAGCUCGCUAUUUCUGUGAUUCAAACUUGUGCAGAGAAGCUUGGGCCUAUUGUUUGUGGGUUUUUAACAUCUUGCAUUUGGAAUAGAGAUGCUGUAAGAAGUGAAAUCAAAGAAUUUUACCAUGAAAUUAUCUUUAAAAUUUCACAGUGUGCACCUCGUAUGCUUCAAGAUGUCAUUCCGAACAUGUCUCAAGAAUUAGUGACUGAUCAGGUAGAUGUCAGAAUAAAGGCUCUUACUCUGAUUGGGAAACUUCUUUCACUGCCUGAGUUCCAUAUUGCACAAAAUCACCGUGAUCUUUUCAUAGAGUUUUUGAAAAGAUUUGCUGACAAAUCUGCAGAAGUUAGAGUGAGGGCACUUCAAUGUGCUAGAAUUUGCUACAUCACCAAUUCCACUGGGACAGAAUCACAUGAUGUUCUCUCUGCCCUUGAGGGACGACUGCUAGAUUUUGAUGACAAGGUGAGAAUGGAGGCUGUGAUUGUUGCCUGUGAUCUUGCUAGGUCUAACUUAAAAAAAUUUCCACCCAAAUUAUUGUCUCAAACUACUGAAAGACUGAGGGAUAAAAAGGUUCCUGUAAGGCAAAAGACACUGGAGAAAUUAUUGGAAGUAUAUCGUGAUUAUUGCAACGAAUGUUCUGAAGGUCGCAUGACAAUAUGUGACCAACUGGAACAAAUUCCAUGUAAAAUGCUUAUGCUUUAUUAUGACAAAGACUGUAAGGAGUUCAGACCCCAAAACAUGGAGCUCAUUUUGGUGAAGGAUUUAUUUCCAGCACUUCUUUCUGUAGAGGAGAGGACAAGGCACUGGGUCCAUUUAUUUUCACUUUUUAACUCUCUACAUUUGAAGGCAUUGAACUCAAUUUUAUAUCAGAAAGGAAGGUUGCAGAAUGAGAUGCAAACUUAUUUGGCUUUCCGAGCAAAAGAGAAGGAGAAUUGUUCAGAAGAGAAGCAGAGUAGAUGCACAAGUUCAUUCAUGAAAAUGGCAGCAUCCUUUGCAGAUCCUUCUGAAGCAGAAAAGGGCUUUAAAAAAUUGAACAAUAUGAAAGAAAAUAAAGUAUUUAAUUUUCUGGAAACUUUGUUAAAAGACCUAGGGCAUGAAAAUGCUGAGACUACCAGAGACAAGCUUUUGAAUUUGAUAGGAGAUAAAAACCAAAAUUUUGAGUUUCUGCAAACACUCUCCUUAAAAUGCUCUCACAACAUAUUCAGUUCAGGGCAUGUCCGCUGUAUUUUAGAUAAUCUUUCCAGUAAUGGUUUUGGGGAUAAGCACUAUGAGGAUUCUUCUCUCCGGCUUCUUUUGGCUGUUACCAGCGUCUUCCCUAAGCUUUUGAGAGGUUCAGAAGAGAAAUUCCAAAUGUUAUUAAAAGGAAGCAAUGCAUUUUGUGAUAAGAUGAUUGAAGUGUUAGUGAAAGCAGGCCCUCAUAUAUCUGUUAAACUAAGUGAAAUUUACCCUUUUCUGAAGAGGGUGUGUCUUGAAGGGACUCGUUUGCAGUCUAAAUUUGCUGUUUCGGCAAUUGCAGCAUUAAUUGAUACAUCAAAGGAGCUCAUUUUUUCAGACCUGUGCAAGGAACUUGUGGAUUCUUUACAUUGUGGAAGGAACACUUUGACGGUGUUGCAGUCUUUGGGGUGUCUUGCACAACAUUCUGUUUCAACAUUUGAAGCUCAUGAUGGAGAGAUCACUCCAUUUAUUUAUGAGAAGAUUUUACAAGUAAAAGUGCACUUAACAGAAUCUUCAAGUUCAUCUGAUGAUAGUUUUGGUUGUAGUGAUUCUUGCAAAUUGAAGAUAUGUGGGCUAAAAUUACUUGUGAAGAGUUUUUUGCCACACCAUGGAGCUAAACUCAGACGGAAUAUCAAAGAAUUGUUGGACAGAUUGUUGAUUUUAAUGAGAAAUAAUGAGAUGUGCAGUGAAAGAAAUGUGUCCUUUUUGAGACUAGCUGCUGCAAAGUCUGUUCUCCGACUUUCUCAAAGAUGGGAUUUGUAUAUUUCUCCAGAGACAUUUUGCUCAACGGUUUCAAUGGCAAAGGAUGACUCAUCUUUUGUCAGAAGGUCUUUUCUCGAUAAAACACACACAAUGUUGAAGAAGCGUGCCAUACCAAGUAGAUACGCAUGUGCUUAUGCAUUGGCCUCCUCAGAUUGCCUUAAGGAUUCAUAUAAAUAUAUGGCAGAAUUUAUCAAAGAGUAUGGUAGAGAAGCUCGUCAAACAACUGGUGACAAGGAGGGAUUAAUAACUGCAUUCCCUGCGUACAUAGUAGUAUUCUUAAUUCAUUUGCUUGCACAUGAUAAAGAUUUUCCUCUUGAAGAUUGUCAAAAUGAAGAAUUAUAUGCUCAGUUUUGCAGUCCACUGUUUUCAGUAUUGCAGGCGUUACUCAGUGCUAUCAAUUUUGAUAAUGACUUGGGUGUAGUUAAUGACACUGUCUUGUACUUGCUUUGGAUUUUCCGAGCUAUUAAGAGAGCUGACGAUGCUGUUAAUAUUAAAAAUACUAGUAAGCUUCAUAUUCUAGCAGAUAUCGGGCUCUCUUUUGUCAAUGCAGUAAAUCAAAGUGGAAUCUCAGCCUCCUCCCCUGGCCAUAUUUUGCUACCAUCAUCUUUAUACAGAGCUAAUACAGAACAUCCUAAAAAUAAUGAAGUUUUUGCUAAAAAAGUGGUUCAUGUAUUUCAAUCUCAUAGCUCUUUGCAGCCUGAGACUAAUCCUUCUAAACGUGGCCGGAAGUAUAAAGGGGAUUGCACACAAUCAGCUGUUAUCAGGGACAGAAAUUUGUACUUUCCGCCUUGCAAAAUAGAAGAUUUACCCAUUUCUAAAUCAGCAGAGACUGAAAAAAAUGUGAAGCCAGACAGUACCACGAGAGGUAGACGAAAACAGGCUGCCUCUGUGAAUGCUUCCGGGUCAGUUCAACUGCACGAGUGUUCUAAAAGUGAUCACCAUAUUGAUGCUUCUGAAAAAUCAGAAUCAAAGCCGGAAACAGAACAUGUAUUACCCUCUCGUGGUUCUGUGCCUAAAAAACCUUUAGUGGCUGAAUCACAUGUUUCAACCCGAAGCAUGAAAAGAAAUGCUGCUUCUUUAAAAGGAAGUGGUGGUGUGAGCAACAAUAGUUGUGCUGAAGGUUCCAAAUUGAACCAGGCUAAGCUCAAAGACUGUUCCAGCUUGAAAGAAACUACUGAUAAGGGUGAGGCAUUAAUUGGAAAGCGGAUCAAGUUGUUAUCACCAAUUGAACGAUGCUUUUAUGCAGGCACGGUGGAUGGUUAUAAUUCUGAAAACAAUACCCACAAGAUUGCAUGCGAUAAUGGGAAUGUAGACUUAGUAUGCUUGGAUAGUGAGAGCUGGGAGACUGUGGGUGAUGAAUCCCAACUGGAAACGGUUAUAUCAGCAGAGAAUUCAAACGCCCUUCAUUUGCAGUGUCGGAACACUGAUUUCCAUAAAAUAGUGAUACGGGGAAGUUUUUAUUUCAGUGGCAAAAAGAAACCUACUGAUGAUACAUACAGUAAAAUUCCUCCUCGACCGACUAGAAAUGUUGGAAGGGAAAGUGAGAAGACAAAGAGCCAGAAAGCUUCAGUAGAUGCCUUGGCAUCAAAAGUUAUUGAUACAAAUGAGGACAUUGGGGUUAGAAGAUCUCGGAGGCGAAAAGCAUAAAUAAUUUUUUUUAUUGCCCCUAUGGAAUUGAAUUUUGGGGCCUUUAAAGUUCAUAGAAUUGUAUAGCUUGAUACAAUAUGUAUAAUGAUGAGUUUAGAAAAUCCUAAUUAAUCAAGUGGUGCCCACAUUGCGUUUAUGUAAUUAUCAUCUGAUUUAUGUGGGUUUGUAAAUAUUAUUUGGGAGGUAAUACGGUUGAGAAUAGGGAGGGGUUGCAUAUGAGUACUCGCAAGGGUCGCAAAUUGAGAAUGAAUAUUCCUUUGCUUA